AUGGCAAAGGGCGGCGGCUCGCAGCUGUCUCAGCUCAAGGCUAAGCUCCACAGCUCCGGCGUCACGGAUCGUCGCCAGCUCUCAAAAAAGUCUCGCUCUCGCAAGGGUGGUCACGGCGAGAAGGAUGCAGCAGCAGCUCGUCUCAAUAAGAUCAACGCCAUCGUCGCUGGUUUGAAUCCAUUCGAUGAGAAGGUGACCAAACCCAAACAUGAAGUGCUCGGACGCAAGAUCAAGGGUGCCGUCGGUCGGCCCGGUGCCGCCAAAGCAAGUGGCCUCGCACAAAGGAGAGAGACGCUUCUCCCCGAAUGGCAGGCUCGCAAUCGUACAGGCACCUUCGUCGACCGCCGCUUCGGUGAAAAUGACGCAAACGUGACACCAGAGGAAAAGAUGCUCGAACGAUUCGCAACAGAAAAGCAAAGAAGAGCAGCAAAGGGCGCGGCGUUCAACCUCAACGACGACGACGAGAUGCUCACACAUUACGGUCAAUCGCUCAGCGGUCUCGAUGACCUGGCCGAUAUCCGACUACCAGAGGAUGACGACGAUGACCAAGACCCAGGCCGACUCACCGCACAAGGACACUUUGGCGGAUUUGGCGAGAACGAAGACGGCGAAAAGUCAAAGGCCGAUGUCAUGCGCGAGGUCAUUGCAAAGUCCAAAUUCCACAAGAUCGAGCGUCAAAAAGUUAAAGAUGCUGACGACGAACUCCGAGAACAGCUCGACGACGAGCUCGCCGAUAUUCGCGGUUUGCUGUUCGAGCAGCCCGCCGUUCCCACACCAGCACCAGCUGUUGACCCUAAAGCCAAAGCCAAGAUCUCGGUGUUCCCUGGCCCCGCUACUGGUGCCAACGCUACUGCAGUCGCAGGUGCCAGCACAGACGCUGCAGAAGCUCAAGACAAGCCCGCCAGCUCCUACGACACCUUUGUCCGCGAACUAGCCUUUGAGCGCAGAGCAAAGCCGCAGGAUCGUCUCAAGAGCGAAGAGGAGCUUGCUGCCGACGAGGCGAAGCGACUCAUGAAGGCAGAGAAAGCUCGAUUGAAGCGUAUGCGAGGCGAUAGUGACGACGAAGCAGAAGAAGAGGAAGAGGCAGGCGGCAAGCGUCGAAAACGAAGCAAGGGUUCCGGCUCCACAUCAGCGCCGAAGCGCACAGCACAGGCGGAUGACCUCGACGACGACUUUGAGCUCGACGGCAGGACAGCUGGCGAGGUAUACGGUCUUGGAGCUGGUCUGGCGGAGAGCGGUGCGGUAGAUGAGAGCGACGAAGAGGCCGAGGAGGAUGAGGACGAGGAUGAGGACGAAGAUGACGAGGAAGACGAAGACGAUGCCGCUGAAGGCGUGGAGAUUGAAGAUGACGAGGAUGAUGAAGAUGAUGAGGAUGACUUUGCGGAUCUCGCCGACGCAGAUGACGCCAUUCAGAUUGGAGAGGAUGAAGAUUCAGAGCAGGGAGGCGACCACGAGGCACUCACCGGCAGCGUCAAGGCUGGUUCAUCAGGCAAGGCGGGCAAAGCUGGCUCCGCCCUCAAGUUUAAGCCCACGCCCGUUACGGAAAGCAAGCUCCCUUUCACCUUUUCCUGCCCCGCCACACACGAUGAGCUGCUGUCUCUGCUCGAAAAACACCAGAUCGAGCCCAAGCAUAUCCCGACUGUCGUUAAGCGUAUCCGCACGCUCCACCAUCCAAGUCUGGCCGAAGACAACAAGUACCGAUUGCAAGCGCUCAUCGGUGUCCUGAUCGAUCAUUGCCUCCACUGGGCUGGUCAGGCUCAAGCGCACCAAUUUACCUCCGGCCAAAAGCACAAGCUCGCCUUUGCCAUUGUCAACUCGCUCAUUCCACACAUUUUCAGCCUGUCGCAAACCUACCCUGUUGCGUCCGCGGAGCACUUUGUCAGCAAGCUCGCCUUGAUGCAACGCAACCUUUCGCGAGGCCUUGCAAAGGGUCCGACCGAGGCCGAUGCCAGGACGUGGCCAGGCUUGCCCGAGUUGACUUUGCUUCGAUUGGCCGGCACGGUGUGGCCUACUUCGGACAAGCAGCACAAUGUGACGACGCCUCUGGCACUUCUCAUCGCGCAGUACUUGGCACACGCCAGAAUUCGAUCCGUCAGCGACAUUGCUUCGGGUCUUUUCCUGUGCUCGUUGGUUGCGUCGAACGAGCAGGAGAGCAAAAGAUUGUUCCCUGAAGCGCUCAACUUUCUCUUCUCUACCAUCGCCAUUCUGGCGUCUCUGGGCGACGGGAAGGAGAAGGCGCAACGACAAGCUUUGGCCAAGGUACGCGCUGCAGCGGAGGAGUAUGGCAUUCCGACGCCUGAUGUUGAUGCUGUGCACACGCGACAUCUGCGUCUGUCCGGCCGAGAGGUCGUUGAUCCGGUAGAAGAAGCGGUUGAUCUGCCGAGUCUGAUCACAGUCAAGGCGGCAGAUGUCGACGAGCAGCAGUGCAGACAACUGCUUUCUGUGGCGCUCGCGCUCACGUCCAAAUUCAGCGAGCUGUACAACGGCUCUACGUCCUUCGUCGAGCUGUUCACUCCCUUCCGAGAACUGCUAUCGAGCUCGCCCAGCACAGCCGAUUCCUCGAUCAACGUCUCGCUGACGCGUUCGUUGCAACUCGCCUCCCAAUCGCGUCGCUACCUGCGCCUGCAGGCACACCGCGCCAUCGCCAUCGCCUCGCACGUCCCCAAGUUCGACCAGCAGGGCUACAACCCAGACCGCAAGUCUGCACUCGACCCGGACGCCGAGCGUGUCCAGAUCCAAAAGAUGAAGGCGCUCAUCAAGAAGGAGCGCAAGGGUGCCAUUCGCGAGCUCAGGAGGGACAACCAGUUCAUCGCCCAGGUGCGCAAGCAGGACCAGGCGGAGGAGGAUCAGACGUACAAGAGGAAGAUGGACAAGAUCAUGUCGACACUGCAGGUGGAGAGGAGCGAGCAGAAGCAGUUGGAGAGGGCAAAGGCGAAUAUCAAGCGAAGGGCUGGCAAGAAGUGA